AUGGCUGCGAUGAAAAAAAAAGUGUAUAGAAAUAAGGACAGCUCGAAGAAACUAAUUUACAUAAUAGCCAUGCCUUUUGUUGCCCCUCCUAUAUGUGGGUGGCAGGGGAGCUCGGGGGGAAAGGGAAUCUUCUCAUUGUGUCAUUUUCUAAGUACAAAUCUUUCGGGGACAAAUACCCGAGAUGACAUUUUGAUCUUAACAUUCAAAGCAACCAUUGAUUUAGUCCAGCAGAUGAAUGACUUUAAGUUAUCAGAAUGCCAUCGAUAUCAAAUGACCUGUAAUGGGUUCUCAUCGAAAUAUACCAAAGUGGUCACUUGCCGAAGUUGA